GCCUGCCUUGGUUGCACAUUUGCCUUUUCCGCGCUACUCGCUCAUCUUCCCUUGUAAAUUACUUUGUCCAGUUUUUCUAAUACCGCGUAGCGAAGAGACAGACGAAAUGUCGGCAACAGCAAGCACGAAGAACAGCGGCCUGGCGCUGGUGGCAAAGGGCGUGGCAGCCAUCGCAUACAUUGUUAUGCUGCAUUCAGGGUACGCGGCGCGCGAAUUCAUUCUGUACAACAAGGCUAUCGGGCGGGUCGACUACUCGCUGCCCAUUGAGAUCGUGGCCGAGUGCCUGGUGUCGCUGGCGGUCAUGACGGUUGCGCUUGUGUUUGGCGUUGGCCUGCUGAAGCCCAUCAGCUACGAGGCCGAGAUGAGCCGGUACUCAGUCGAUGGCGUUUACUCGCGACCCUCGUUCCACGUGUACAACCACCGCGGCCGCUACCUGCGCCCGGUCCAGAAGGCCUAGGGUAACAGUUCCUUUCUUAAAAAUACAUUGAUGUGAUGCGAAA